CUUUGAGCGGCACGCAGCCCAGUGUGCAGUCUCUCUCCCUCUCCAGCUGCUCGGACACCACUGCCAUGCCAGCCACCAACCAGGGCUGGCCUGAGGACUUCGGCUUCCGGCUGGGCGGCUCGGGUCCCUGCUUCGUCCUGGAGGUGGCCGAAGGGAGCAGCGCACACACCGGGGGUCUACGGCCUGGGGACCAGAUCCUGGAGGUGGAGGGGCUGGCCGUGGGCGGCCUGAGCCGCGAGCGCCUCGUGCGCCUGGCCCGGCGCUGCCCGCGCGUGCCGCCCAGCCUGGGCGUGCUCCCCGGCCCCGACGGCGGCCCCAGCGCGGGAUCCGGCUGUGCACCCCUGACCACAGCCUCGCAGGCCCCUCGCUCCGGCCGCGGCCUCUCUCUGGGCCGCGAGCUGCUACGACUGGCCGGCCGCAAACGCCCUGACGCCGUGCACCGAGAGCGCAGGCGCAAAGCCCAGGAGUUCAGCCGCAAGGUGGAUGAAAUCUUGGGGGACCAGCCGAUGACCAAGGAGCGGAUGUUCGCUGCUCUGAAGCAGUUCGCGGCUGAGCAGCGGGUGGAUGAGCUGGUGUGGGUGCUCACCCUGGUGCUGCCCCUCGAGGCCCGUGGGCCCCUCCUGGAGAACCUCAGGAUCUUCAUCCCCAAGAAGCACCGGGCGCGCUUCGACGAGGUGGUGUCUCAGGGUCUGCUGGGCAAGCUAUGCCGCGCCCGACGGGCGCAGGGCGCGCAGCGGCUGCGCCGGAGCCGCAGCGAGGAACGGCCGGAGCGCCUCCUGGUGUCCACGCGCGCCAGCGCCGCCCCGCGCCGCCCCGACGAGCCUCCCCAGCGCAAGGCCGCCUCUCUGCUCGGCAGCCGCGCCGGCCCCGGGGGCGCGCGCAGGACGGUCCGAGUCUACAAGGGCAACAAGAGCUUCGGCUUCACGCUUCGCGGCCACGGACCUGUCUGGAUCGAGUCUGUCGUGCCUGGGAGCCCAGCUGACAAUGCUUCCCUCAAAUCGGGUGACCGGAUCCUCUUCCUCAACGGACUAGACAUGAGGAACUGCUCCCACGACAAGGUGGUGUCCAUGCUGCAGGGCAGUGGUGCAAUGCCCACGCUGGUGGUGGAGGAGGGGCUCGUCCCAUUCGCCAGCGACUCCGACUCGAUGGAUUCUCCCAACCCGUCGUCGGCGCUCACCUCCCUGCAGUGGGUGGCGGAGAUCCUGCCGUCCAGCAUCCGGGUGCAGGGCAGGACCUUCAGCCAGCAGCUGGAGCACCUGCUCACGCCCCCCGAGCGCUACGGGGUCUGCCGGGCCCUCGAGAGCUUCUUCCAGCACAGGAACAUCGACACCCUGAUCGUUGAUGUCUACCCGGUGCUGGACACGCCCGCCAAGCAGGUCCUCUGGCAGUUCAUCUACCAGCUGCUGACUUACGAGGAGCAGGAACUCUGCCAGGAGAAAAUCGCAUGUUUCCUGGGCUACACGGCCAUGACAGCAGAGCCAGAGCCCACACUGGACCUGGAACCCGAGCCGGAGCCGGAGCCGGAGCCGGAGCCAGAGCCCGAGCCCCAACCACGGAGCUCCCUGAGGGCCUCGUCCAUGUGCCGCCGCAGCCUCCGGUCCCAGGGCCUGGAGGCCAGCCUCAGCUGUGGGCCCAGCGACUGCGCGGAGAUGCCUCGUCCUCUGAUCCCAGGCGAGCGCCAGGCGGGCGAUGGUACAUCCCUCCCCGAGACCCCCAACCCCAAGAUGAUGUCGGCUGUCUACGCAGAGCUUGAGUCCCGGUUGAGCAGCAGCUUCAAAGGGAAGAUGGGGACCACCUCCAGAUCCCGUGCCUCCCCACCAGUGCCCAGCAUGGCAGGCACGGAAGGACCCAGGACCCUGUCCAGCGUCUCGUGGACCAGCGAGCGGCUCCUGCCCUCCCCCUGCUACUACCCGCUGUGCUCAGAGGGCCUGGCCUCCCCCAGCAGCUGCGAGUCCCACCCCUACGCCAGCUUGGACAGUAGCAGGGCGCCCUCCCCACAGCUGGGCCCCGGGCCUCUCCGCUCCAGCAGCACCCCCAGCCCGGACCCCGGCCGCCCGCCCAGCCGCAGGAAGCUGUUCACCUUCGCCCACCCUGUGCCAAGCCGGGAUACUGACCGCUUCCUGGAUGCGCUGAGUGAGCAGCUGGGGCCCCGGGUCACCAUCGUGGAUGAUUUCCUGAGCCCUGAGAAUGACUACGAAGAGAUGAGCUUCCACGACGACCAGGGCAGCUUCGUCACCAAUGAGAGGAGCAGUGCCAGUGAGUGCAUCAGCAGCAGUGAGGAGGGCAGCUCCCUGACCUACUCCUCCAUCUCCGACCACAUCCCCCCGCCCCCACUCAGCCCCCCGCCACCGCCACCCCUGCCCUUCCAUGACCCCAAGCCCAGCUCCCGCACCCCUGAUGGCCCCUGGGGCCCCGCUCCGACGCUGGCCAAGCCCCUCACCCAACUCAGCCACCCAGUCCCUCCACCACCCCCGCCACCCCUGCCCCCACCUGUCCCCUGUGCGCCCCCCAUGCUGUCCCGGGGCCUGGGCCACCGCCGCAGUGAGACCAGCCACAUGAGCGUCAAGCGCCUGCGGUGGGAGCAGGUGGAGAACUCGGAAGGCACCAUCUGGGGACAGCUCGGGGAGGACUCUGACUAUGAUAAGCUGAGCGACAUGGUGAAGUACCUCGACCUGGAGCUCCACUUUGGCACCCAGAAACCUGCUAAGCCGGUGCCCGGGCCUGAGCCCUUCAGGAAGAAGGAGGUGGUGGAGAUCCUGUCCCACAAGAAGGCCUACAACACCUCCAUCCUGCUGGCGCACCUGAAGCUGAGCCCGGCCGAGCUGCGGCAGGUGCUAAUGAGCAUGGAGCCCCGGCGCCUGGAGCCCGCGCACCUGGCGCAACUGCUGCUCUUCGCGCCAGACGCCGACGAGGAGCAGCGCUACCAGGCCUUCCGCGAGGCGCCCGGCCGCCUCAGCGAGCCCGACCAGUUCGUCCUGCAGAUGCUGUCGGUUCCCGAGUACAAGACCCGCCUGCGUAGCCUCCACUUCCAGGCCACCCUACAGGAGAAGACAGAAGAGAUCCGGGGCAGCCUGGAGUGCUUGCGCCAGGCAUCCCUCGAGCUCAAGAACAGCCGGAAGCUCGCCAAGAUCCUGGAGUUUGUGUUGGCUAUGGGCAACUAUCUCAACGAUGGACAGCCCCAAACCAACAAGACCACGGGCUUCAAGAUCAACUUCCUGACGGAGCUGAACUCCACCAAGACGGUGGAUGGGAAGUCCACCUUCCUGCAUAUCCUUGCCAAAUCGCUGAGCCAGCACUUCCCCGAACUCCUGGGUUUUGCUCAGGACCUGCCCACCGUGCCCCUGGCUGCCAAAGUGAACCAACGGGCCCUGACCAGUGACCUGGCUGACCUCCACGGCACCAUCAGUGAGAUACAGGCCGCCUGCCAGAGCAUGUCCCCCACCAGCGAGGACAAGUUUGCCGUGGUCAUGGCGUCCUUCCUGGAGACAGCCCAGCCGGUGCUGCGGGCGCUGGACGGGCUGCAGCGGGAGGCCAUGGAGCAGCUGGGCAAGGCGCUGGCUUUCUUCGGCGAGGAUUCCAAAGCCACCACUUCCGAGGCCUUUUUCGGCAUCUUUGCGGAGUUCAUGAGCAAGUUCGAGCGAGCACUCGGCGACCUGCAGGCUGGGGAGGGCACACGCAGCUCUGGGAUGAUUUCGCCCCUCUCCUGGUGACGGCGGCGGCCUCGCGUCCUCGGCGGCCCGAGCGCGGAGCGGACGCCGCCCGCGUGGCUCGGAGCGUCCCGGGUGCGGGAGUGGGGCCCAGCCACGCGCGCAUCUCCAGCUAGCUCAGCCGUCGAGCUCCGGCCGCCCUCGAAGGUGCGGAGACCCCUUCUUGGGGCCGAUCCCGGGGCUCCGAGGGUUGGGAGCGCGGGGACGGAGCCGGCACGCCGACUCCCCGGGACGCGUGAACCACCCGCCGCCAGGUCCCGCCGGCUUCCCGCGCCUUGUCCAUUCCCCCUUCUCCGCCCCACCCCCGCCCCCUCCCCGCUCCCGGGCCUUCCAGCAAGGGCUGGCUGUGCACGCCCUCAGGACCUCGGGGGUCCCGGGGAGGGGCCGCUGCCACCAGCCGGUGGAUUCCGAGAUGGCUGCGGCACUAGGGCGGCGUCUUGGCCAGAGGGUGCCCGGCCCCAAGGAAGGCCGUCUGAACCUCUCCUGAGCCUGCUCCGAGUGUGCCCAGGGGACGCCCUCGCGGAGCACGGACCCCGCAGACCUUAGACUGUGGAGAAGGAGGCAGACGCCCUUGAACAUGCCACACCAGUGCGCACGAUAAGGCCUGGAGGUCUCUCACCCAGCCCAGGGCCUCCUGGGCUGCUUGGACGAAGGCAGGCAGGAUGGAAGGAGAGCCCCAAGUCCAGGGACCUGGGGGAGGGGGGUGGGUGCGCACCUAGCCUGGGUCUUGGAAGCCAGAAGAAACCUCAGCUGGCUGCAGAGGAGAGAAGGCUGGAUUGGAGAAGGCGGGAGAGAAGCUGGGCAGAGAAACAGGAAAGCAUUAGGAAGACUAUAUCAGACUGCAGAAUUGAAGUUUUCACCCAGCAGACAAACUGAAAUCCAGUUUAGAAGUGGUCCCUUGGAAGUGGGGAGUCUGGGAGUGGGAGUGGGGGUGUCGCGGUAGGGCAGAGAGAGCAGAGAGAUGCUCAGGUGAUGGGUGAGCAGGACCUGGUGGCCGGCUGCCAGGUUUCUCGCCUGGGUGGGUGGCGAUGAUGAUGUUCCCUGGAGCAGACCAUGUGAGCAGAGCAGGCUUAGAGGCAGUAACACCACCUGGGGCAUAUUUGGGAUCUCAGAGUCUGUUUUCCAUGUGUGUCUGGAGCCCCUGGUGAGGAUUGGGGACAGAGGAGGGAGCUACCUGGACGCUGGGAGCAGAGGGAUGCUGGGGGCAUCCUUUCCUUUCUUUGUUUCAUCCUUUCCAUUCUCCAAUCGACAAAUCCUGGAUCAGGCAGCUUCCUGUUACCUCUGCCCUUAACUUUCUUCCACAGAAGUCUGAAAUGGACUUUAGAAACCAUCUUCUGGCUUUUUUUCCCUCCACUAUGAUUGAAUAGCUGGUGUUGCCCCUGGACAGUAUUCGGGACCCAUCCAGUUCUACCCGGUCUCCCACAGGCCCCUUGUGGAGGCCAUGUAUGUUCUUCCUUUGUUCCCCGCUCACAGCCACCAUAUAAAAAUAUCUAAACCAAAUUGUGUAAUUCAGGUGGGGGAAAUGAACCCAGAUUUGGCUAGUGGAGGGCAUUUCUCCCCAGCAGCUCAAGCCGGAUAAUUUCCAUAACUUCCCAAAGCCUUCGUCUCUGAGAAACAUGUCAAAAGGUCCAUUAAAAUCCUGGUAUGAGAUCCGUAGAGACUGUAGACUCCACCAGGCUAUGAAUAGGCAUGACCCUCCAGGCCCAGGCGUCCUGUAUGGCAUUUUCCCGCAAAUUAGAAACACACACCCUCUUCAGGUAGAUGGGACUCAGGUUGGCAAGCCAAUCGCUAGCUGGGUUUCCUCCCUAUAAUGCCUUGUAACUGUUACCUAUCUCCCACACAAUGCUGUGUAACAAACUGUCCCAAAACUCAGUGACUUAAAACGGCAGCCACUACUGCUCUUGAGUCCAUGGGUCCUGCUGGGCAGUUCUGAUCCGAGCUGGGCUCAGUGGACUCACCUGGGUGUCUAUAGUCUUCUGUGGGUCAGCUGGGCAGCUUUGCUAGUCAUGCAGGGCUCUUGCCAUGUCUGGGGCCUUGGUUGGGACAGUUGAGAUGGCUUCAUGUGGUCUCUCAUCCUCCAGCCAAAUAGCCAGGACAGUUCACAUGGUAAGGUCAGGGGCCUAAGAGAACAAGCAGAGACACAGAAGACCCCUGGAAGCCUAACCUCAGAACUGUCACACCAUCCCUUCCGCCACAGUAUAUUGUCAAAGCAAGUGACAAGUCCAGCCCAGAUUCUAGGAGAGGGGAAAUAGGCUCCCCUCUUGAUGAGAGAUGCUGCAGAACUACAUGGCAGAGGGUGUGGAUUCAGGGCCAGGUAGAGAGUCAGGGCCAUGGUUGCCAUCAGUGUACCAAGUACCUCCAUGGCCAGGCACCCUGGUGCACAUCCCAACCUCCUUCAAAUCCUCAGUGGCCCCGGUCCUCGCUGGACCCAGCACCGCGCUGAUUACUCAUCUUCAUGUGUCCUGCAGGUGCCAUGCUUUUCAUUCUCUCUUACUUAGGCACCCAUGAGUUACCUGACUUCUCUCCAGAUACACUAAGUCCAGGGGCACAGUUGUCUGUGUCUGUGCCUGCACCUGCCUAGCAACCAGUCUCCCUUCUGCUGGGGAAAGCUCCCUGUUUUUCCUUUGGGAAAUUAUCCCUCCUCUGCUCCCAGGCCUUGGAGUGCUGCUGAUUGGAAUAAGGAUGAUCUUGUGACUCUGGUUGGGUGGCUCAGAGUCAAUUCAAGACUCAAGUUUGAAGUGUUUGGAAAAGGAGGCUCCUUACUUCUGGAUGAAUUGUUGGGUGUAACGAGGGUGGAAUCCUGGAAGGAGCUGCCAGGACUACCACGUGGAGGGCACCUGCCUGGGUGUAAAACCAAUACAGAAGAAAAGGAGAGAAGACCACUCCAUCCAUCUCUUGUCCCUGGAUCCAGCUGUGCCUGAAGCAGACAUCCCAACUUUUCAGUUUCCAAGCCAACAAAUUCUGCCACCACGUGUGAAUUUUUUUAAUUUCUUUUAAUUUUUUUGGCUUAGGCUGGUUUGAAUGGGUUUCUGUCACUUGCAAUGUUAAGGGGGUUGACUAACAUACUCAUCAACAGAUCGUUAUAGAUGUUCAGUCUUUUAACAUUCUCAGUGCAUUCUCUUCAUUCAUAAAUGCAAUCGCCAAUACUAUUUGACUGCCUACCAUGUGCCAGCCACAAUGCUGGGUGCAGAUAACCUUAUGGGUCAGCCUCUCUGAGUUUCGUUUCCCAGGGUUCUAUUUCAUGGUGAUCUACACCCAAGUCAGUUCGAAACCCUAUAUGUGAGCCAAUAUGUGCGCCAUACCCUCCGCCCCAUUCCUCACCAAAUGACAGGGUGUGACAAGCAGGAAUGUAUUUCUCUCUCAAUGAUACUAAUAAAAUAGCCUAGCCCAAUUACACACCGCCUUUCCUAACAAUCAGUUAAUGUUUACUAGGUAGUGUGCUCCAUGUUUUUACAUAUUUCAUUUUACUUUCACAGUAACCCUCUCAGGUGGGUUUUGUUAUCUCCUUUUUACAAAUAAAAAGUCUAAAACUC